AUGAAAACUUUCAAAAAGGAAAUAGUAACCAUUAUGAAUAAUGUCUGGAUUGUGACGUGUCAUUUUAGCAUCUGGUUUGCCACAAGUCUUAGCCUCUUUUAUUUUCUCAAGAUAGCCAGUUUUUCUAACUCGGUUUUUCUCUACCUGAAAUGGAGAGUUGAAAAAGUGGUCUCAGUAACACUGCUGCUGUCUUUGUUACUGUUGCUUUGUAACAUUGUGCAGGCAAACAUAGAAAUUGGCAUUCGCAUUAAAUUACAUAAAAGGAACAUGACAUUGGAUCACAUUUCUAUGGAAUCUGCACAUUUAUUCACAAUUCUUAUGUCGGUUGAGUCUUUGUUUAUGGUCAUACCUUUCACCGUGUCCCUGACAGCUUUCCUCCUGCUCAUCUUCUCCCUCUGGAAACAUCUCAGGAAGAUGCAACUCAAUGCCAGGGAAUCCAGAGAUGCCAGCACCAAAGCCCACUUAAAAGGCUUGCAGACUGUGAUUGCUUCCAAUGUACUAUGGAUCAUUUUCUUCCUCUCUAUCCUCGUACUAACCUGGAGUCCAGAGUUGCAGGAAAAACAUCUGAUCAUUAUGGUUUUCUAUGUCUUUGCAAUGUCUUAUCCUUCAGGCCACUCAUGCAUCCUGAUUCUGGGGAACAGAAAGCUGAAACUGGCCUCAAUCUCUGUGCUGUGGUGGCUGAAGUCCUGGUUCAAAAAGUGUUUCUUAAGAUAUAUCCGCAGUUAA